GGACGAGGUGCGAGUCGGUCAUGCAAGUUCACGAGACACUUUCUAAGUUCGCAGGUUGGAUGGGAAGAAUCAGAAGUGUCUGCAGCUUCAUCUGUGACACACUGGGACCUGAAGUUAAGCGACGAACCACGGAUUCAGGCAAAGCCUCUAGGGUGCCAUGUCUGGUGGCAGCAGUGCUAACAACAGCUGGACUAUACUCACUCCUGAGGAGACUGUCGCUGAAACCCUGAGGCCUUUGGCAGAGGGUAAAGAGCACCAUGAAGAAAGCCUUACAUCUGCAGCAGCUGUGUUUGAUGAAGCAGGUUCUGGGCAGAACCAGCCUGCACACAGUGCGGAGUCUGCAGACGGCCACCUGGUAUCAGAAGAAAAACGGUCAGAGCUGAGUGGAGACACAAGCGCAGAGCAGCACACCUCGGUUCCCACCGCUGCCCCUGUUCCCACCUCUUUGGAAGUCUCCGGCAGCUUCGUCCCUGGCAGUGAUGCGCUCAGCCAGUCAGAGGGCCUACCCGAGGGCCCGGCACAGUCCGGCCCUGACCCGGAUUCAUUUUCUGACUCCUACACCCACAUAACCCCCUCCCCUGAUGAGCCCCCGGCCUCGCUGCUGAGCACAGAGACUCUGGGAGGGGUGGAGUUCACACGGGAAGAAGAAACGCUCACACAGGAAGCAACACUGCAUCCGCUGAACGGGGAGGAGCUGCAAUAUGAAGGAGAGGAUUCAGACCUUUUUCCGAGAACGACUGACUUAGGGAAACAGGCAGUGUACUUGGUGGACCAGCUGGUUAUGGAAUUGUUCAGUAUCUGGGCCAGGAGGUCUGGAGAGGCUGUGGUUGACUCCCCUGUGGAUUCAGAGGUGGGUGAGGAGAGAACUGAGAAGACUGGAGAGGAGGCAGAGCCAGAGGUGAGGAGGAGGAGGUCUCUCUUAGCGGCCCUGGAGCGCAUCGGAAGGGCGGAGGAGGAAGAGGAAAGAGAGGAAGAGUUUCAGCUGCCACAGCGGGAGGAAGACAGCGGGUUCUCUGUGAACAAGUGCAUGCUGGGGGCAGUCAUUCUGUUAGGCCUUGGCGCCAUCUUUUUGUCAGGUGUCUUCAUGGACCUGGAUGAGGAGAGUGACUAUGGUACAAUGGAGCUGAAAGAUGCAGAGGCACCAGGAAAACAGGAGUGGCUUAAUCCAGAGGUUCCUCCACCCCCAGUAGAUGCUGACAGUGCAGAGCUUCUAAAUAAGUUAGCCAAAGGGAACCAGCAGAUUUCUGUGCUACAAGCCCAGCUUCAGGCACAGAAAGAAGAGCUAAAAGUAUCCGUGGGACAAGCAGCAGAGGGAGCAAAGGAGCGGCUGCGGAGAGAGGAGGUGGAGAAGGAAAACAGUAGGUUGAAGAAAGAGAUGACAUCUCUCCCUGUCCUUCAGAAAGAGAACGAGAGGAUGAAGAGAGAGCUGGAGUCUGUCCCUGCCCUACACAAAGAACUAGAAACUCUGAGAUCCACUGUGACUGAAUUAAGACUCCCCUCAGCAGCCAGUGAGGUGGCUCAAGCUCCUGCGACGCUCACCACAGCGCCCUCCAGUGGACAGCCAGAGGACAGCACGCAGGGCACAGCUGGAUCUACAGAGAGACAGCCCAAGAAGCCAUGGGAUGACCAGAGGGAGAAAAAGAAAGAUGUGAAGAAGGAUAAGAGUGGCAAGAAGGAGGGGAAAGAGAAUUCUGAAUGGAAAGAAGGGGAGAAAAAGGAGCACAAAGAUGGAGGUAAAUCAGAAUGGAAAAAGGGGAAACAUGAGCAAGGAAAGUUUGAAAAGGAGAAAGAUAAGGAAGGUACGAUAAGGAAACCCAGUGAUGAGACAAAACAAUGGAAGGAGAAAGAAUGGAAGAAAGAAAAGGCGAGCAGAGGCGAUGAAGGAAAACCAUGGAAGGAUAGGGAAGAGAAGAAAGAGUGGAUAGAAAAGAGUGAGAGAAAAGAAGGGAAGGAGGAGAAAGACUGGAAAAAAGCAAAGCAUGAGAAAGUGAAGGAGGGUAAACAAUGGAAGGGUAAGGAGGAGAAUAAGGAUUGGAAGCUGGGAAAAGACCACGGAGAGAAGCACAAGGGUAAGGAGGAAUGGAAGCGAGAGAAGGAAUGGACGAAGGGGAAAGAUGGCGUCAAGGAAAGUGGCAAAGAGGAGAAGAAAGAGUGGAAGAAAAAAGAAGGUGACUGCAAGAGUAAGAGCAAAGAUCACAGUAAAGAAGGGAAAGGAAAGGGUGAAAGGAAACAGUGGGAAGAGAGGAAAAAUCAAGACAGGAAGGAGGAGAGGACACAGCGGAGCGAGAACAAGGGGAAGAGUAAAGAUGAUAAGGAGUGGGGGAGGAAAGAUGAGAAGAAACAGUGGGAAAAGAGAGAAGAGCCGUGGAAGAGGGGAGGAGAGAAAGACAAGAAACACAACGGAGAUCGGAAAAAGGAUGAAUCGGGCUCCCAGAAACACAAAGUUGAGCACAAGUCUAACGGUAAUCGCGGCCACAAGGAAGAGCACCUGUGGGGAGACGGGAAGCCUCCUCACACACACAGCCGACCCUCCCUGGAACAGCCCGAGUACUGGGUCCAGCAGAGAGACCGCCUCCAGCGCAACCACAAACCACCAAAGCAGUGUAACUCAUUGGAGACCUGCGCUGAGGCUGAGGGUCUGCUCCCCGUCCCCCUCGUCGAGUUUGAGGCCAUCCUCCAGACUUACCUAGCCAAAGCAGAAAAGGCGGGAGUGGACGUUUCCAAAAGAGAAGAGCUCAAAAAGCUCGCCGGGGAAUUCUUCAAGGACGGAGUCUUUGUCCACGACCAGACGAGCUUUCAAGAGUUCGUCGAGGACUUGGAAGAUAUUUUGGAAGACAUGGUGGAAGGAGACGACGAGGACGAGGACAGCGCCCUCGAGGAAGAAAUGGAGGAGUUUGAAAGAGAAGUCAUGAAAAAGUUUUCAGUGCCACGAGCUGUAGAGGAAGAGGAGCGAUCCAGAGGGGAGGGGAGGAAGGAGAGCGGACAAGGACGUGGCUGAUGAAGUGAUGGAAUUGAUCUGUCAAAAGUAGCUUAAGAGCAGUCAUGAGGGAUGAGAGGUUAUUCAAAGGGAACAUUUUAUAUUGGACCACAAACGCUUACAAGUAUACAUUUAUCAUCCUGUCACAGAUUCUUACAGGAUCUUAUUUUACCCCUUUACAUCUGUUGUUCAACUUAAAAUGUCAUUUCACUGUUGUUGGUCGUUUAGUAUUUGACCUGACACACACACACACAUUAGUCCUUGACAAUGGAGAAAGUGCUCGCGUCUACAUAAUGACUUAAGGUAGAAGAUUAGAGGCUUCACAUACAAGUUAGGCACAAUGCAUACAUUACUUAGCCUCCGUGUGCGCUUUCUUCUAGUGUUCAAUCCAUAGAAAAAAAGAGCACAUCUAUGUUUUUAUUUUACUCGUGAGUUCUUAAAUUGAACAUCCGUUUGUGUGAAAGUCAUUUCUGCACACACUGCUACAUUCUCCCUUCGCCUGCGGGAGAAUAAACCUGUUAGCUUGAUAGGAAUGUUGAUUUGACUCUCAUGCAAGAAUAGAUACUGUAUAGUCUUAUUCCCACACCACACCUCUCCCUCUGCAAACUGCACUGAUGUACCUGUAUGCUGUACCUACAGUGUGCCGUCUUUAUGUAAUUCAUUGCUUUUAGCCUGGCACUUAAUGUCCGACUGCUGAAAAAGGUUUAGUGAAUAUGUGAAAUUAGAGUCUGCAUUGCUUUUGUUUUGAAUGUUUGUACAUAUUGCAUUAAACUAUGCUUUCAGAAAUAUAUACAUAACUUAUUUCAUAGAGAUUGGCAUAAUAUAGAUGCAUAUAUAAUUGUUAGUGGCACAUAAGAUAUCACCAUGUAUGUUUCAGGUACAGAACCCGUGCACUGAAAUGUCCUUAAUGAUUGUUUUAUCAUGAAUGUAACAUUUGCUUUUAUUUAUAAGGUUGUUUGUUGCCACUGAGGUCAAAAAAGAGUUUUUAAAAAAGCAUGCUGUCCUUGCUUUCUGUUUACACGCUUACUUAUUAAAUGUUUCUGAUUCAAGGGCCGAACAGCCACAUGAGAGAUUAUUUUUCAGAGGGUGCAGAAUCACAUGCUGUGUCUGUUCACAAGAGCAUUAUAAUAAAUUUGGUUCAUCCCUGUGAUUUUAAAUAA